AUGUCUCUCCGAAAAUCUCAGGCCAAAAAGAAGCAGAAGCUCUCCGGCGUGGGCGAGCAUGAGACCGGCACGGCCAACACGGCCGUAGGAUAUACCCCUGAUGGCAAGCUAUGGGCAUUGAACGAGAGCAGUGCUCCCUUCCAGUUCAAGUUGGACGAGGCGGGUGUUCCUGAGAGUCUUGGCUUCGACACUUUGCAGGGCACCUUGAAAGAGUCCAUCUCGGCUCAUCCGAAGUUUGAUCAGAAAAAUGGUGAUAUCCUCUUCCACGGCCGAAAAAUGCCCGAGAAAUUCUACGCCGGCAAGAUUGUGAACGGCAAGUUGGUGGAACGAGUGGACAUUGACAUGCCUGUGGCGGGUUUUCAUCAUGACAUGUUCAUCACUGAGAAUUACAUGGUGAUGAUCGACGGUGCCAUGUCCUUCACUCCACAGGAGGCCAUCAAGGGCAAACAACUCUGGAUGUUCGACCAGGCCAGAAAACUUCGCUUUGGCAUCUUCGACCGCUCCAAAGAGCUGACAAAGGCAAACCUUCAGUGGAUUGAGGCCGAUGUCGCAGCGGAGCUGCUCGGCAAACCUUGGAUGGCUAGUCACUAG